AUGGAAGCUCCCGUCGACCACGACGGACGACCAGCUAAACGACAACGACUGUCCCCGCCUGAACCAGGUCCGUAUGUACUCCGCAAUGUGCUGCAGGACAUCCCAUUGUCCACCGAGGAUGGCCCUGAACAAGUAUCCAUCACCUGUGUAGAAUACUGGAACAACAAUCUGUACAUCGGGACCUCUGCGGCCGAAAUCCUCCAUCUUGUCUGUAUACCUUCUGAUCAAGAAGACGAGCGCGAACCGCCAACGUUCAUUCUCGCCUCUCGACUCCAGCCCAGUGGACAUGGCGCAUCUAAGAGCUCUGCCAAUGCGCCUGGCAUUCAGCAAAUACUUGUCCUCCCUGGUCCAUUGAAAGCCUGCGUUCUAUGCAAUGGCGUCGUCUCGUUCUACACACUACCAGAGUUCAGCCCGGCAUUUCCCAAUAGAGAGCCGACCGGUGUGCAAUGGAUCGGUGGAAUCGAUGAGAAUGAAGACUUGAACAACCCUGAAGGUCAGGUGGUUAUGUUCGCGACCGCGAGAAAGAUCCUUCAGGUAAGGGUGGGUGAGCGGUUGAAGCCGAUCCGAAACAACAUAGAAUACCCUGGCUGUCUCAAGGCAAGCAGAAGAGACUCCAUCGCUUGCGUGGCCGAUGAUAAAAGCUAUGCUCUUCUGGAUGUUGAGCAUCAGCAGAAGAUACCUUUGUUCACAAUUUCUUCGCAGCCAGUCGAAGAUGAAGCAUCUGCUAUCGACAGUGGUGGCUCGGCUUUAUAUUCGCCUGCAGUCGACGUAGGUGGACAUAACAGAAGCACGAGUAUCGGAACCCUAACGACACCGGCGAUUGGGGAAAGGGAUGACUUGCAGGAGUCUUCAACGGAAGCAGUGGUGAAAGCAGGCUCCGCCAAUCCAGCCUCCAGCUCCAGCCCUACCACGGCACCCGAUACUUCGCUCCCCGACCGAAGUCGUGGGCCAGAUGAGCAGAGCCAGGGUCGUCCUCGCGCGGCAACUGAUGCGCCUUCAGUCAAGGCCCCCUCGGAGGCCAACGACAAACCGCCUUCCAAGCGUCUCAGACCUCACGUCCUGUCCCCUUUCCCUGCGGAGUUUAUGCUUACUACUGGUACAAGCGAAUUAGAACCCGGAGUUGGUAUGUUCGUGAACCUAGAUGGCGACGUCGUCCGGGGUACAAUCGAAUUCGAGACUUAUCCCGAGGACCUGAUGGUAGACAAUUUCUGGGUUCCUGAGCAUGAGGUUACACUAAUGCCAGAAAAUGAGAGUCCCGUCGCGAUUGCGCUGCUUCGCAAAAGUGAUGAUGCCACAAAACGGAGAUUGGAGAUUCAGAGACUGGAAAAUGCAUCCGAGCUAAUACAUCCUCGAAGCCUGGUUGAUCUCCCCCCCGGAGCGGCAGAGAAUACUCGAGCUGGUCUCCGUCAUACAUUGAGCACGCACAGGCACGUCUUUCAUCUCGCGGGAGAUUUUCUCCAACUUGUGCCGUUGUCGGGUGCAUCGAUCGCAUCCCAAGAACGCAAGCAAACUUCGGAGAGUGAUCCAAGGACGCAAUCUGUGGUCGAGCAACUGGAGCAGGAACGUGCCUUGUUUGACAGCCAGUCGACAACACCUACCGCGGAACCCUCUGCAGAGCUCAUUCAGAAACGCAUUGCCGAAGAAAUCAAGCUGGCAAGGCGAUUCGGGCGCGCAUAUACGAGGAAUAUCGUAUGGCAAGGCCAAGAAUUGCUCAUGAUUAUUCGGAACCCUUUGAUCUGUCAGCUAGAACAUCGGUUGAUGCAAUACAUUGCUGAUGGCAACCCUGCAAAUGUCAAACCGAGCCAGAUUUUUGGGUUGCUCGCAAGCAUACAUGGUCGUGAGCCAAAGGAUGAAACAGAAUUCCUCACCUUGAACUAUAUCAGGCAGAAGGCCAGCCUAAUAUUGUUUUUACACCUCGAAACUCAGGUUUCUGCGGCUGCGAGCCUUGAAGACAUGUUUAGAGCGAUUGAAAACACCUUGCACGACGGGGGCUUAGACCCAAGGAUCAUUCUUCUUCUCGCCCCUCCACUCGCCCCUGAAGUGGUGUAUGGAGCUGAAGGAAUCUGGCUCCAUCAAGGCAUGGCAGAUUUGUUGGAAAACUUUCGACCGCCGAUAUCUCGCUUCGAAGAAGCACCGACCGAAUUUUGGAUGAUGAUGAGACACUUCCUCAUGCUGUGGCAGGAAAAACGAGGAUACGGCAGCAUAACAGAUGACAAGCACGUGUUUGAUUCCGUGGAUGCUGCCCUCCUUCACGUACUUCUUUAUCUGGAUCAAGCUCUCCCGCCGGACAGCCCGGCUCAAAGAUCAGUCCGGACCAAGCUGAACAAUGUGGUUGACAACUGGAAGGGCGAUUUCAACCGGGCUAGACAUCUGCUGGAACGAUACAAUCGACUAUUUGUUCUUAGCCGCCUCUACCAGAGCAGGAAACAAGCGCGAGAAGUGCUGAAAACGUGGAAACGAAUUCUUGACGGCGAAAAAGAUGCUGAUUUUGGAUCCAACCCGGCAUACGUGGAAGGGCAGUUGAGGCGGUAUCUUACAGUCAUUCGUGACGUCGACCUCGUUCAGGACUACACAAUCUGGCUUGCUCAACGCAACCCCGACCUGGCCGUACAGAUUCUGACUGACGACGGUGCGAGGGUCAAGUUCACUCCGCAACAGGUUGUUCCACUUCUCAAAGAACACGCACCUGCAGCCGUACAGCAAUAUCUGGAACACCUGGUCUUUGGAAAGCACCUCGACAGGUAUGUCGACGACCUUAUCGGAUACUACCUCGACUCGGUCCUUACAGUGUUGGAAGGAUCCGAGGAGGCUCGAACAUCCCUGGCAGAAAGCUAUUCGACCUACCGAGCUCUGGAACCACCCAAGCCCACCUACCUUGAAUUCAUCAACCAGAACGCGCCGCCGGAUUCAUGGUGGCAGUCCCGGUUACGGCUUCUUCAACUACUCGGGACCGGCGCCUAUGCAUCGAGCGGAGAGGCAAGUAAAGAACUGACUUAUUCGGUCCCAAUGGUUCUGGAACGCAUGGCGCCGUUCUCCUCCUACCUCGUUUCCGAAUCGAUCAUCCUCGACGCCAGACAAGGCCGUCACAAGGAGGCACUUCGACUCCUCACCCACGGCCUCGGAGACUUCGACACCGCCACCCGCUACUGCUACUUUGGCGGCCCGGCGCCUGCAUAUUCCCACACCAUCGACGCCAGCGCUCUGCCUUCGAGGGAAAUGCAACGAGAGCUAUUCGAUUUCCUCUUGCAUGAGUUCCUCCUGAUUGAGGACGAGGAAGACCGCCUCGAACGUUCGAGCUAUCUUCUGGGUAAAUUUGCGACGUACUUUGAUCCUCUGAAGAUCCUCCGCGACAUCCCCGAGGACUGGAAUGUCUCGAUGCUGUCGGAAUUCCUGAUCAGGAGUUUCCGUGCUGCCACUACGGAGAGGAACCAAGCAGUUAUCGUGAAAGCACUGAGCGCGGCUCAAAACUUGCAGAAGCAAGUCGAGUUCAUAGAGGUUUGUGAGAAGCUUGGUGCUCAGUUCGAUCGCGGGCAGGGCAUUGACGGGGGCAUGUCUGCGGAUUUAGAUAUUGGUGGCUCUUGA